GGCAGCUUGCCGCUGCAGAAACACGGCGAGACGGCAGUACACCGCUGUUGCAUUGCCGUUGCAGCAUCUGUAAUGAAACGGUAAAAGGAGAAAAAAAGUGAAAAGGGUGAGCUGGCCCAAAAGGAUCCUCGCCUUGCCGGACACGUGGGCCCCGCUCCGUUCGUUCCACUACGGGCCAGACCGGUACGGUGGCUGAGGCUGUCGCAGCCGGCCCCCGGCCCGGCGAUGCCUCCGUUGACGGCCCAGAUGCGAUCGCGGCCGCGAACCGCAGAGAGAGAGAGAGAGAGAGAGACGGCGAGACCUUUGUCUCUUGCCUUGCCCACGGACGCGACCCGAGCACCCCGGGUUGGACGCGUCCACAGCAACGUCUCUAUGGCGUGUGGGCCAGGGAUACCGUUGGGCCCACGCGGCUAUUAUGAUAAGCGCGGUUGUCAUUAUCCUCGGCGUGAGCGUGAGGGCGCCUCCGUCGCCUUCGUCUUCUCCAAUCUCCACACACACUCCCACUGCGCAAAGCGAGCGGGCGGGCGGGCAACCAACCAACCAACCCCACUCGCCUCCCUCUCCCUCGCCGUUGCCGCCGAGCACCGCGCCGCGGGGUCCCCGUCGCCAUGGAGAGCGCCCACAAGAGCGGAGGCGGAAGCGCGCCCGGAGCGGGAGCCGGAGGGGAGGGCGUCCUGUGCCACGCGUGCGGGUACCAGUACCCGAACGGGCACCCGAGCGCCAAGCAGCGGCGCGCGCACCGGAAGCACUGCGGCAAGCCGGCGUCCGCCGCGGCGGCGGCGGAGGGCUCCGGGGAGCACGAGGCCAGCGAGCUGCUUCUAGGUGAGGUCGGAGCCGGCGCGGCGGAAUGCGGCGGCGGUUCGCCUGGAUCUGCGCACGAGCACGGGGACGCGGCGGAGGGAGGGGACAGCGCAGGUGCAUAUCCUUCAGGUAAUGGUGCUGGGCAUCGAGUCGUUGGAGACACAUCUGCUGAAGAUUGCCUCAUCAGUGGCAGUAGCGUUCUUUCUGAAAUCACAUCUGAGUCCAGCAGGACUGAUGAUGGUACUCUGACUACAGUGGCUACACAGUACUCUGAAAAAGGAUCAUCUACUGAGGAUGGGGAUCCAUCUGAUCCAGCAGUUGGUUCUGAACAGAUCCAGGACGUUCCUACGUCUGUUGUUCCAGCAGAGCCUGAAGACCGUGCUAAAUUCAGUUCUGAAAUCUCUGAAUCUGAAAUACAGAACCCGAGUAUUGUGCGUCCGGAAUCAGACGCAGCUGGAGGUGGAACUUCUGAACUGACGGAUGAUGUAGCCAGACAGCAGGAUGAGGUUGCCGUGACUGGGGAAGAUGCUGUGUUCGACGCCAUAGAUGGAAGCAAAUCUAGUGAAAGGAAUUCUGUGCAAGGUGAUGAGCUUAAUCUCUCCUGUCAAGAUAUACUACAAACGGAGACUGGUGGGGGGCACAGUAGCACUGUAGUGGAGGAAGAUUCAGGUAGCAAGGAUCCUACUGCAAGUGACGGCCAAGAAAUCCUGAUCGAAGAAACUGAACCAAAUCAGCAGAGCAAGCAUGCGUUAACUGGCUCAUUUGAGAAAGUCCCUGACAUUGAGUCUGUUGGGUCUUCUGCUGAGAAAUCUGUCGGUACAGGUGAUGACUUGCUUCAAUCUGGUAAAGGUGCUUGCCACUCAGAAAUACCAGUCGAUAUCAUAGCUCAGCUGCAACUUGACCCUACCUCUGGAACGGCAGAUCAUCCGGCAAUCUCCAAAGGGGCAGACAAUUUUGAAGGACAACAUUAUCAUACAACAGAUGAAAGCAUCGGAGCAAUACCAAGUACAUUUGAACCUGCUGUUGGUGCCAAAGUUGUAUCAGUUGAUGUCACUGCUGACCUUACAGAGGAUGUUUGUUCGUCUGACAUAACAAUAGAUGACGGCAUGCAGGAAAAUGUGACAAGUGGUACUAUUGUACCAUCUCAAGUUGAUAUACUGGAUUCGAGUCCUUCCGCUACAGCACAUGAAGUCAACAUUGUCGGUAGCAUAAACGAUGAUGACGAAAAGAGUCAGGAUGGAAAAAGCAGUGCAGAUCUUGCUUCAUACGAGGUAAAAGAGAUGGUUGUCAAGGAUAACUUUGAAGAAAAGCAGCAGACCAAAGAGGUCAUUGUAGAUCCCACUCCACAUGAAGCCAACAACUUUCCCAGUACCGAUAAUCACGAGGAAAAUGAGCAGAACAAAGAAAUUGUUGCAGACACCACUUCACACAAGAUAAGUGCUGUACAAAGCAUGGGUAGUACUGAAGAAAAGGAACAUAUUGAAGAUUUCAUUGCGAAACUGGCUUCUGAAGAGAUCAUUUUUACAAGUAACAGAGAUAUUGUCGAGCAGCAGGAUGAGACUGAUAUGAAAACAAACUAUGAAAUAGACAGGGCACGCAACUUAGAAGCUACUGAAGAAAUUGCUGCUGGUGGUGAGAGUAACACGGGAACCAUCACAGAUGUUGUUGAAGACAAAUUCCCUAAUGAAGAAAUUACUUUAGGCACUAUCUCUCUUAACAUGGCAGACAGCAGCGUUAAGGAGGAAAAGAUGCAUGACGAAGAAGUGAACGAGGAUCUAGAUUCUCGUGAUGAUAUUAUGGUACAUGGUCCUGAUAAUGUCAAAGAGAAGAUGUGUGAGGAGACCAUGUCAGGUCCCACCUUAGACAAGUUCAGUUUGCCUACAUCUACUGACAGUCCUGAAGAGGGUAAUAAGGACGAAAGCACGCGUGCAGACCCUAUGUCGCACGAGACCAAUGUGGCGCAAACCAGCGAUGGUGCUGAUGAAGAGAAGAAGAUCAGGGAGCUUGCUGUUGACCCUACUUCCAGCAUUGGUACCAUGGGCAACAUAGGCAACGCUGAAGACAAGAAGCCGAGUGAAGAAACUACAACAGAUCCUAGACCUGUUGAGAACACCACAACACAAGGCACAGAGGACGCGACAGAUCCUAAACCUGUUGAGAACACCACACCACAAGGCACAGAAGACGCGGAUAGCAGCAAGCAGAAUGAAAACACUGCGAGCGUAGGUGGCGUUGAAGGCAAGAAGCAGGGUGAAGAAACUACAGCGGAUCCUAGAUCCGUCGAAAACACCACAGUUGAAGGCAAGAAGCAGGGUGAAGAAACUACAGCGGAUCCUAGAUCCGUCGAAAACACCACAGCACAGGGCACAGAGGAUGCAGAAAGCAGCAAGCAGAAUGAGAACACAAAUGUCAUGGAAGAAGAAAGGGUGACGGUGGAAGAUACAACCUCAAGGGAGAUCAGCGCCAUAGAAAGCACAGAUGACCUGAAGGGCAAGGCUACCAACGAGAACGAAGAGAUAGCCGACAAGGAAAUGGUCACCGACUCAGACAAGAACCAUGUCUCGCUGAAGGUCCUCCUCGCGGACAAGAACGUGGAAGCGAAAGAGAAGGAGAAGAAGGCGACUAGCGCCAAGGACCGGGUGCUGUCGUUCAGGCGCCGGGUAUCCAAGGACAACGUGUCGCCGCCGGUGAAGCCAGGCUCGCCAACCAAAGACAAAGAUGGCUCAGGGCAGCAGGACUGGAACUCCCCGGCCAGGUUGCCCGUCGAGAAGAAACCCAAGGGGAGGAAACAGCAAUGGGUACCGUUUAUUUGCUGCUCGUCGGUACAGUAAUCCGUUUGCCAGCAUCAGCUUGGGGCAUCCAUUGUUGUGUUUGUACUUGUACGCUGAUGGUAGUAGAUUGAGUAGGACCUUCGUUCCAGGAUUGGACCUUGGCAGCUUUGCUACUCUACUUGGAUUGUGAACCCGGCUCUGCCGUUUUUGUAUGUUAUAAAUAUCUGCCUUGAUGGA